AUGCCCAUACCCAGUGAUCAGUCCCUGCCCCCACCCCGCCCAUCUCGAGGACCCGCAGAGAGGCUAAAAGAAGGAUUCGUGGAAGAGUCAUUUCUUUCAAUAUCGAGCAGCACUGGCCUUCAUGCAAAGGAGCAGAAGUACCAAAAAACUAUGGCCAGUAAAAAAGAUGCACAGCAGAGAUGGAUUUUGCUGAAGGAAGCACAUCUUAAAGGGAAGAGAAAAGCAGUUAUAAAUAAUCCAGGUGAUGACAUAGAAUAUGGCAAUCCUAAAAUCUGCAUCCUCUUGCUGCAGGACCCUACUCUUCGAAACUACUAUGACCUAAAAAAGUACCUGAUAAGUAGUAGUAGUAACAUGUGGAUGGUAACGUUUCUGGAGCUCAGUGGCCUCAAUCUGAUGCUGGAAGCCUUAGGGAGCUUAUCAAGCAGAGGGGUGCCUAAGAUUUAUGAUGCCCUUCUACAACUCACUUGUGUUAACUGUGUAAGAGAUGUGAUGAAUUCCCAAAAUGGAAUUGAGCAUAUAGUGAAUUAUGAAAACCAGAUUAGAAAACUCCUACAAGCUCUGAACUCAUCUGUGACCUUGGUGAAGAAACAAGUGUUUGACUUGCUGGCAGCUCUUUGCAUGUACUCAACAGAAGGGUAUAAUCAGGUUUUACAUGCACUGUGACACUUCAAGAAUGCGGAGAAGAAUCAAUAUGGAUUUAAUAUUAUUAUGCAUGAACUCCAAACAGAUAAUGUUCCUUAUUUGGUAACACUACUUAGUGUAAUCAAUGCUAUUAUUCUGGGAACUGAAAACUUGCAAACACAGGCACGGCUCAGAAAUGAAUUAAUUAGCCUUCGCUUGCUGGAUGUGCUGCCAUUUCUGAAGGAAAAGGAUGAUGCCGAUCUAUUGAUUCAGUGCUCAAAAUUUGAGGAAGCCAAGGCAGAAGAUGAUGAAGAGCUAACAAACAUUUAUGACAUGAAUUGCCAUAAAGAGGUUUUUGCAGCAUUAUUUAAUAAAAUGAGCACCUCACCAGCCUCUGCUCAGCUGCUGUCAAUUCUCCAGGGGCUUCUGCAACUGGAACCAUCUAACAGUGCCCUGCUCUGGGAAAUCCUAGAAAUCUUGGUGAAUUGAGCCAUCCUAAUCAUUGACGACAGUCCAGAAAAUGAUGCUAAUACAAUUAUGAAAAGGCUCUUAUCAGUUAAACUGAAAACAAAUGAUGACACAGUGAAGGACAAAUUGAUUGUUAGUAAACCUGAAAACCAUGAUUGUAUUGAACCUAAGUCUUCAACUGAAGAAAGUCUGGAAUGUAUUGACUCUACCACCACCCUACUUGUACCACCUCCUCCUCCACCUGCUCCUCCCCCUGCACCACUAUUUCUACCUCCUCCACCUACUCCUCCCCCUGCACCAUCUGGAUCCCUUCCUACAACUUCUGACAAGACCAGUAUCCCACAACCAACAUUGCGGAUGAAAAAACCGAGUUGGCAAAAACUCUCUAAAGCAGUUUCAGAAAGGAAUUCUUUAUGGUCACUUAGCCAAAGUAAUUCUAUAAAUCCUAAUUAUGACAGCAUUGAACUCCUUUUCUGCUUCUCAUCAUCACAAACAAAAGACAAAGAUCAAGCCCUCUUCAAAAAAGAGUCAAAGGAGGUCACAUUUCCAGACCCUAAGAAAAGCCUUAAUUUGAAUAUUUUUAUAAAACAGUUUAAAUGUUCUAAUGAAGAACUAGCAGACAUGAUCCAAAAGGGUAGCAAAUCUAAAUCUGAUGUGGAAGUUUUGAAGCAACUUAAGAAACUGCUGCCAGAAGAACAUGAAAUAAAAAACAUAAUACUUUACAAAGAAAAAAAAGGAAAAUUAGCAAAUGGAGGCCAUUUCUACCUUUGCCUUCUCAAUGUGCCCUGCUAUGAGCUACAGAUUGACUACUUGCUGUCAUGUGAAGACAUAAUAGUUUUACAAAACUUUCACCGACUAAAUGCAGAAUUGAUCAAAAAGGCAUGUGAAGAUCUUCUGUCUUCUUCAAGACUACCCCAGUUCUGUCAACUGAUUCUUAAAAUUGGAAAUUUUCUCAACUAUGGUAGUGCCACAGGAAAUGCAGAUGGGUUCAAAAUAACACUGAUUAAGCUGAAAGAGACAAAAGCAAACCAGCCACAAGCCACAUUACUACAUUAUGCUGUGGAGGUUGAAAAAUCCUAUCCAGGCCUCCUAAAUCUUCCUGAUGACCUCAAAUCAGCAUCAAAAGCAGCAAGGUAGGAAUUUUAAGUUGUCAGCUGGCAAUGACCAUGGUACCUUUAGCACACAACCAAUAACCACACUCAAUACACUAGGUUUUACUUGAACUGCAUGGUGGGGGUAUGCAUUCGACGUCCAGCUACAAAUGUUCAAAAACUCAUUUGUGCAUGAAUAGUUCUUGAUUUCAGACAUGCAUUCAAAGGGUAACGUGAUGUUUUAUUUCAAACCUAAACUGCCUCCCCCUCCUCCCCAAUGUAACAAACUUUUUCCCCCCAAAAUGACUGACCAAACAGUUAACCUGUUUCUAUUUUUUUGGUAAAGUCACUACA